AUGCAUCACGAAGAUAGUUGGAGUCACUCAGGUCUGAGUAUCUGGUUAAGUUUGUACCCUAGGCAAAUUAUACAUGCCAUUGUGAUUCACAUUGGUAUAGGCAACUUAGUUCCACUUCUUUCCAACGAUAGUACAACAUUUUUACUGCUGAUUCAUAAUUUGAGAGAAGUCAUCGCUGAUGGUGACAGCCCUCUUGAUUCUGGGUGCGUCAAGGAACUUUAUUUUUACACACCAGAAGACUUUCAAGUUGUAGAUGCAUUCUGCACACGUGAAGGUAUAAAAGUAGAAUCCCGGAUACAUUAUGAAAUACACAACGAGUCUGAUUUUUUGGCGUAUCAUGAAUUGAUUUCAAAUUUGGAGCCAAUGAAAGGAAAUAUAUUGAGACUCGAUGUGAAAGUGAAGGGUGAUCUAGUGGAGGACUUUCGCUAUAACAUGGAUUUGACACAGCCAUACAAUGUAAUGAGCAGGUUUUCUGAGCGUUUGCCUGCAGUGUCGAUUAAUUUCCAUUAUAGAUAA